CAAAAUUUCUUUAGUGAAAACAGCGUAAAUGCUUGGCAACUGAUCUGUGAUGUUCCUGAUUGGUUUGGAGACUAAAAUUAAUAUUUGUCUCUUUGUACAUCUAAUCUUUUUUCCGUAAAAUAUCUUCCAGUUUAGGUUCCAUCUAAAAGUAGUACCGGCGUGAUGAAAACGAAAUUUGAAGUCUCGUCUGUAUCGUUAACGUUUUAUUGUAUAUGGGUAUCGUGUGUUUUAGCUGCGUGGAAUACAAAAGAUUACUUGAAACGAGAACAUUCUGUAGUAAAACCUUACCAAGCAUCUGGCAUUUCAAUACCAUUUUGGGACUUUACUGGUAGUGUAAUGAUUACUAAUAGCCAUAUAAGGCUGACACCAGACUUGCAAAGUAAAAAUGGUGCUAUAUGGAACAAUGUGCCAUGCAUGGUUAAGAAUUGGGAACUCCAAGUUCAUUUCAAAAUAUAUGGGAAAGGAAAAGAUUUAUAUGGAGAUGGUAUGGCUAUUUGGUAUGCAAAGCAGCCAUUAACCCCAGGUACUGUAUUUGGUAGUAUGGAUUACUUUCAUGGUUUAGGCAUAUUUUUGGAUACCUAUGCUAACCAGAAUGGUCCUCAUAAUCAUGGACAUCCUUAUAUUUCUGCCAUGGUAAAUAAUGGGACACUGCAUUAUGAUCAUGAUAGAGAUGGAACUCAUACAGAAUUGGCAGGCUGUGAGGCCAAAUUUCGAAAUCUUGAUCACGAUACCCAUUUGUCUAUACGUUAUGAAAGAGAUAUACUCACUGUUUCUACUGACAUUGAAGGAAAGAAUGCAUGGCAGGAAUGCUUCACUGUGAAAGGGGUAAGGCUUCCUACAGGUUAUUAUUUUGGUGCAUCAGCUACUACAGGAGAGUUGUCUGAUAAUCAUGAUAUAAUAUCGAUUCGACUAUACGAACUGGAAGUGCCUGAUGAAAAGGAGGAAGAAGAUCGCUCCAAGAUUGCUCCUGCUGCUGCUUUUUUUGCUCCACCCAGAGAUCAUAUUGAUGAUCCACCUCCACCUAUGUCAGGAACUAAAUUGUUUCUUAUUAUAGUGUGUGCCCUUUUGGGAUUAUGUGUUUGUGUUAUUGGUGGUGUUAUGGUCUUCCAAAGAAGUCAAGACAGUUCCAGGAAAAGGUUAUAUUAAUAUGAUUAACGAUAUGCUUAAUUUGUUAAAUUUUUUAUAAGUUGCCCAUAAAUGCUUGGAAAGACUUAAAUAUUUUGAAUCGUACUUUUCUUCCCUAAGUUAUCAAAACAAGUAUAUUUAUAAUGGAUGUUUCAUAAUACUUUCAUUAUAUAUCUUUUUAAGAAUAGCACAUGAGCUGUGUACUUUCCUGUAGUCUUGUGUUAUUCAUUAAUAUAUUAUAUGUAAAGCAACUUAUCUAAGAGAAAAUCAGUAUUUGGUCCAUUUUAACUGUCACCGAAAUUCAAAUGUUUGCUCUGAAACUCGUUUUCUGCCUGAGUAAAUAUUCCUGUAAACAACUUUAAUGAAGUUCUUAAAAUAAUUAGCUUACAAAUGUGAUAAUUUGAGAGAGAAAUUUUAAUAUUCUUUCCAUUUAAUUUUAAAAUAUAAAAAACGUGCAACUGUUGUUUCUUUUGAACAUGAAUUCAAUCAUUUUUUUAAUCAGUGAUUCAAAUCAUGUAUAAUUAAAUUCCAAAAAAAGUGAACUUGAAUCUUAAUAGCACCAAAUUUGAUUUUGUUAAAAUUUGCAUCAAUAUUUAGAACUGUAUUAAAAUUAUCAAGCUAUUGUAUUUUAUUAUAAUAUUCAAUGUAAUAGUAUUAAAAGGUAUUGAAAGAUUGUCGUUUUUGAAUUCUUUUAAUUAAUAGCGCAUUGCCUUGAUUCAUAGGCUUAACCAAUUUUUCUCGUAUUCAAAAUUUGUGCAAAUUAUUAUUACCAGAGUUUAGAUUUUUUCUUCCCAUUUAAAUUAAUUCUAAAUUUUAUUUUGCUUGAUGUGGUUUAUUUGAAUGUUCAUAAGCAUUAUAUGUAUCUAUAUAUGCUGUACAAAUGUGUGUAUAAUUGUACUUUUUAAGCAAUAUUCUCAAUGAAGUUUAUCUUUUUUCUAUUUGUUCAGACCAAAGUGUAAUUUCAAAUAGCUCUUGGCAACAUCCUUUAAGUUUUAAUGUAGUUUCAAACCAAGGUAUGGUAUGAUUUAGGUCUGUUUCAAGUGUUAACAUUUCCUUCAAUUAGUGAUUCUGACCCAUUUUUCUUUUAUCAACAUUCAUAACUAUGGUGCUGAUUUUCCUUCAUGAAGCUGUUACCGGUGCUGGUUGGAAGACAUUGGUUUAUAAAUAUUGUUUCCAGGCAUAUGAAUGAGUUAAAGUAAUAUUUGUAUUUAUAUAAUGUUUUGUCAUAUUUUGAUAUAUUUCCUUUUAUAUUACAUUCCUUAUCAAAGAAAAUAAGGUUGUAAGCACUUCCAAAAAAGAAAUUUGGAUUUUACUGCAUAUAAUAUUAAAAAAUCGGUAAUUACUGCUACAGAUUCAACAUUAUUUUCUUUUCAAAGUAUUAUUAUUUCAAAGUUUUAAAGAAAAUUAUUGGCUGUCUACAUUUGUACAAACUCAAUAAAUGUUUUUUACAGAA